CUACGAUGGAAACGUUACGACGUUACGUAUGCAUUAUUUAUGAGCCGGAAGAGGUUUACUAGUUCGAUGAGGGAAGAAUGUUUUAAAAAUGACAACAAAUAUUGCAGCGAGGGAUCCACAUUUCGAGUGUCCGUCAUGGGCAGGAAAGCCUCCCGCAGGACUUCAUUUGGACGUGGUGAAAGGAGACAAACUUGUCGAGAAACUGAUCAUUGAUGAAAAGAAGUACUAUUUGUUUGGGAGAAACCCUGAUGUCUGUGACUUCACCAUUGACCAUCAGUCAUGCUCUCGUGUCCAUGCGGCCCUCGUCUAUCACAGGCAUUUAAAAAGGGUCUUUCUUAUUGACCUUAACAGCACACAUGGUACGUUCCUCGGACACUUACGCCUGGAGCCACACAAGCCUCAGCAGGUUCCUAUCGACUCCACAAUGUCAUUUGGUGCAUCAACCCGUGUCUACACCAUCCGGGAGAAACCUCAGACCCAGCUGAGCUCUGGUGCAGGGGAGAGUAAAAUUGGUGACGAUGAGGAGCUUAAAGGGCUUCUGGGACUUCCAGAAGAAGAAACUGAACUUGAUAACCUGACAGAGUUUAACACUGCUCAUAACAAGCGCAUCUCUACCCUCACUAUAGAGGAGGGCAAUCUGGAUAUUCAAAGGCCCAAGAGGAAAAGAAAAAACUUCAGGGUGACCUUCACCGAAGAGGAUGCGAUCAUUAACCCAGAAGAUGUUGACCCCUCCGUUGGACGUUUUAGAAACAUGGUCACAACAGCUGUUGUACCUAUUAAGAAAAAGAGAAUGGAAAGCAUUCAUGCGCUAGGAAUUGAGGAAACCAUAACGCGACACAUGCACACUCUUCCCUUGCGUGGUGGACUCUAUAGAGACCUUCCUCCUACCAGUCACGAAGCUCAGCUUACAGGAACUCCUAGUGGGGCCACGAUUUUGGGAGGACUGCCAUUACCCUUGCCCAACCCUGCACCAGAUGUGGACUUUGCCAGUGAAACACCACAAGUCCCGGUCACCCUCAAUCCCACACCCUUAACUGGUCCAUAUGUAUCAGAGUUCCUCAAUGAACCCCGCAAAAAGAAAUAUGCAAAAGAGGCAUGGCCUGGAAAGAAGCCCACCCCAUCGUUGCUUAUUUAGCCACAAAAAUAGCACAGGAUGUGGUUGACAGGUCUCUUCACAUAAACUUUGUCAUGCUUGAAGUUGACAGUAGGUACAAAACGAUUAUAGAAAGUAUUGUAUUAAAAGACUUUAUUUGAGCUUUAAAGCAACAUUUCUGACAGAAAUCAUUAUUUGCUCGCCUACAUGUCAUUUCAGCACACUGUCUUUAUUUUAUUUUUUUUGUGUGUGAAAUAGGGGAUUUUAAAGUCUUCCACAGUUUGUUUUUCUUACACUGACGAUGACUGGUAAUUAAAUAUAAAUGUAUAAUCAUCGUCAGUAUGUGUGUAUGUAUGUGUAUAUUUAAAAUCCAUAGAUUUUAUAUAAAACAGUUCAUCUAACUUGUGUUCUAUAUUACAAACAUUUCUAAAGUCAAUAGCUGUUUGUGAGAAAUCGAGUCAAGUCAUGUUGAUGUUCACUACUUAUCUUCCCCUUUGUAAUCUUAUUUGUGCUCAUUAAGUGCGGCCACUGCAGGGUUAUUAUCAUAAAUGAAAACUAUUGCAAAAACUAAAACUAUUGAAACUAAACUGAAAUAAAAAUGAAGGUUUCCACUAAAAACUACAACUAUAAUGUGGACCUGCAAAACAAACUAAAACUCAAUACAUUUUAGGAAAACAACCUUUCGUUUUUCGCAUUUUAAAAUGCGAAAAACAUCAUCUCAUUGCUAACGGUUAGUUUAUA